GGCUGCGCCUACCUUAGGAAGGUACGUUUGCGUGUGGCGAUGACAUCAAACCUGGGAAGUCGUGACCCCCUCCAUCACUGGAUAACAUGAUAACAUGAUUAUUUUCUCAUAGCUGCCCGACACAAACACCUUUCCAGCCACUCUCAAUAUGCGUAUAUCUGACACUUGCCCCUAAAAGUGUUUUGCCAUCCAAUUAGAAUCUCACAAAGUCAAUCUAAUUAUCUGAGCCACCGUCGUACGUGGAGCUUUGAUCAAGCUACCAAUCUUCUAUACUACCAUUUGUGCUUUAUUAGUCGGUGUCGUUCUUCAGAGUCAUAUAUUCGUAUAUCCAUAUAUCCUACUCACCUGCUCGGGUACCUUUCUCAUUCUCUUUAUUUCUUCCUUCAUUUCUUCAACAUCAGGUUCUGUUCUCUCAAUCUGUCGCAGUUCAGUAACUAAUAGCUAUUGGGACUAUUCGACUAUGAGCGCCCAUCCGAGCCAUCCGCCUCAAUCGGAGGAUACUCAUACUUUCUACGCCGAGCUUGCUGGCGAUACCCCUCAAUCCUUUCCAACCCCGCCUAAUCAACAUCAACAGGCUCAGUUCCCGCCUCCUCCCCCAGGACCGCCUCCCUCAAAUGUGAACCAACCGAACUAUCCGCCUCCGCCGCCUGGUCCUCCUCCGAACCAGGCACAUCUAUAUAACCAGUAUCCAAAUGCGCCUCCACCUAGUUAUGAGGAAAGCGGAGGCAGUGCUGGAUUUUCGUACUCUGACGAGAAGAUACCAGUCCUACCACCCCGUCCUAAUCCUCCACCAACUGCGCAGUCAGCCGCGCAAACCCCUCCGGCUGUAGGUGCCUCUAUUCCUCACGUCGCUGCUGCUGAGGAGACGUCCGAGCCAGCAAAGUCAGGUUUCGGACGCAAGCUUUACCAAUGGGGCAUCAAAGCCGGCGUGCCGAUCAACAAGCUCACAAACAAGCUCGGAUCUGAGGCUUUCUGGCCCACGAGUAUGGAUAAAGAAUGUGAUAAGGCGGCGCGUAUCCUGAAGAGUUUCUGCAAAGAUGGAUUUUAUGCAGGCGGAUCAGAGAAAGAGAAAUCAUCGAACAGCAAUGCAAACUUGGGUGGACCUAGCGGCAAGCCUAAGGUCUUGGUGAAGAUUCCGCAAGCUGCGAUCGUUAAUGCCAAGGGUCUUGCCAUCUUCACCACUUUCCGCACGGGGUUCCAUAUUUCUGGGGCAGGAGGCUCCGGGCUCGUCGUCGCGCGGCUACCGGACGGCCGUUGGUCACCCCCGGCCGGGUUCCUGGUUCACACGCUGGGUGCCGGUCUUAUGGCUGGGCUCGACAUUUACGAUUGCGUUUGCGUGCUCAACACCGAGGCGGCCGUUGACGCUUUCGCAAAGCCGCGCGUGAGUUUGGGAGGAGAAAUAGCUGUCGUUGCCGGUCCGAUAGGCGCGGGAACUAGCGUCGAGGCAGCAGUGGGGAAGAAUGUCAAACCUGUCUGGAGCUACAUGAAGAGCCGCGGUCUAUAUGGCGGUGUGCAGGUCGAUGGCACGGUUGUAGUUCAAAGGCCGGACGCCAACGCGGAGUUCUACGGAGUGAACAAAAUCGCAGUAGAGAACAUUUUAAGAAACGAGGUUCCUGAUAAUAGUAGAAAGAGCAGUUCUAAGGGUCCGGUCUUAUGGCCUGAAGGCGGGAGACAGCUGAUGGAAGUGCUGAAGGCUGCUGAAGGAAAAGGCGUUGAUGCUAGAGUUAUGGACCAGCUUAGUAGCCAGCCUACGCCCGGCGACAUGGCGCCUUCGCCAAUACCGUCACCGAUACCGUCGCCCACUCCCGAGCAACAGAUGCGACAAGAUAACGACGGCAAGGAUAAGGUAAGGUAUGCUUAAGUUGAGAUAGCGGUAUUGAAUGAUUUGGUGGAGUUGAUUAGGUACUUAUACCAGGCGAUAUGUAAGUGGUUAUGGGUGAAAUGGAACGAAUAAAUGACAGUCAUCCUAAGUGCGAAGCCAAUAUAUUUAUCUUACGAUCAAAAAGAAUUGCCACUACUGCGCCGAAACAAAACUACAAAAUAAUCACAAUCCACUUCCUAAA